AAUGAAAGUGGGAAUUAUUGGAGGAAUUAGUUCAUAUUUGAGUUAUUUAGUUUGGAAUAACUAUAAUAGCAACCAAGUUGAGUUGUAUUCAUUGAAUACCGAAUUGUAGAAUGAAAUCAUCUAAAAUUGUCCAUCUCUUACAUCUUAUAGACCUCCUGCAUUCUACUGUGGAUUUUUGCACACUUUAAUUCCCACAAUCUCAAAACCUAAAGAGAAACACAUAUCCUUUUUUGAGAAGAUUGGAGACACAGGUAUAUCAGUAGAUUUUGUGGAUAAGGGACAAUCAAUUAAUUCUGAUCAACCAUUAUUAUUAAUAAUACCAGGAUUGACUGGAAAAGUGUAAAAUGGGUAAGAAUAUUUUUUAAUCAGCUAGAUAUGUGAAUAGUCUUAUAACAUAGGCUCAUCAAUAUGGUUUUAAUAAUAUUUGCAUAUACACUUAUAGGAUGCUAUCUAAGGAAGCUAAUUUCCUAUUUGUUCCUCCCUUUUAAGAUUAUGGAAUUGAUUUUUAAGGGGCAGACAAAGAAUAUUUUAGACAUGAUGUUGUUGCAGGGCAAACUACUAGAGUAGAUUUAGCAGCUGAUUUGCAUUACACCUUAAAAUAUUUAAAAGAUAAAUACAAAUUUAAAUAGAUAUUAGCUAUUGGUUGUUCUUAUGGUGGAGUUUAAUUGGGCAAUUACUUAGGAAGAUUUUAAGAUGAUUCAUUAAUAGAUGCAGGAGUAACUGUGUGUUCACCACAUAAUAUCACUGAUUGUGAGAACAAUAUUUCUACUAUUAUGGAUCUUACAAUGACAUAUAUUUUAAGAAGAGGAUUAAAGAUAAAUAAACAUUUAUUUUAUGAUCCAAACAAUUAUCCUAAACAAUGGAAACCUUAAAUAUCUAAAGCUAUGAAUUCUUUGUUUGUUCAUCAAUUCGAUAGAUAUUAUACAUCUCAGGUCUAUGGGUAUAAAUCUGAAGUUGAAUAUUAUAAGCAUUUCUCUUCAUGUGAUCGAUUUCCCUAAAUCAAAAUUCCAAUGUUAUGUAUUGCAGCUAAAGAUGAUUAUGCUGUUAAUAUAAAAGCUUUAUCUUUAGAUAAAUUGAUUUCAAAUAAAUAAACAAUUGUUUGUUUAGCCAAAAGUGGAGGACAUAUAGGAUUUUUAGAAGGAUUGAAUGCAGAUAGCACAUGGUUUCCAAAACCAGCUUUGGAAUUCUUACAGUAUUUUUCAAAAGAAUAAGAAAUAGAAUAUAAAGCUUAAUGA